CGGUUAUGGAGACUCCUUAUGGCUAGUAUGCACAAUGGGAUGACAAGAACUCUAAUGUAGCAUUUGCCAGAUCUGUGAUGGACGGGUCGAAAUUAACACUGAGUAAUCAUCGCAGGAUUUGCCAGAUCUGUGAUGCAGAUUUUUCGAAGAACGAAUCCACUAGAAUCCAAAUCCAGAUCUGGUUUUUCCGAUUUGAUGAUGUUUCCCACUGUCGACGCCGUGAGCGAGUCAAGUUUGUUGUGCGGGGCCCUGUGUUGGACCCACAAGACGGGUCCAAUAACCGCGCGGGUAGAAUUGGAGAAAUCGACUCACGGCAAGCGGUCUCCUUUCUUAAAUAGGCCCAGCCAAGAGAGUUGGAUCCGUACGUGGUGGAGGAGGUGAUUGAUCUUGAUCGAUGGGGGCGAACGGGAGUAAGGAAGGGCGGCGGCGGCGGCGGCGGCUGGUGUUCACCUACGGUACGCUCAAGCGCGGCUUCGCCAACCACGGCCUCAUGCAGGACCUGAUCCGCACCGGGGACGCCGCAUUCGUGGGCACUGCCCACACCGCCGGCCGCCUCCCCCUCGUGUGCGGACCCUACCGCGUCCCCUUCCUCCUCGACCUCCCCGGCGCCGGCGAGCACGUCUUCGGCGAGCUCUACGCCGUCUCCCCCCGGGCCCUCGCCCGCAUGGACGACCUAGAGGGCACCCGCAAGGGCCACUACGAGCGUCUCCCCAUCUCCGUCGUCGUCGACGGCGAGGGCCAGAAGGAGGCGGAGGCGGAGGCGUACUAUGCGCACCGGAGCUACGCGGGGGUGAUGUGGAGGCGGUGCGGGGAGAUGGGUUACAAGGUGUACUCGGAGAAGGAGGCUAAGGGGUAUGUGAGACGCACGGAUCGGCCCCACGACAUCACUUUCCUUGACCAGAUCCGCAUCUUCAUCGCCUCGCCCCAGACGUAAGAUCAUCUACUCCCUUUCUCUCCUCUCUCUCUCUCUCUCUCUCGCUUCCCUCGGCCUCCCAUGAGAUGGAACUUGUAUUGCUCUAGUUUUAGUUCGGAGUAUCUUGUGUCAAGCGCAUCACUCUAUUGAAGGAUGUGCGAUCUUGUGAUGGGCAAUCACGAGAGAGUUCAACAUCCCUGUUUCAUUCUAUGAAGCAAUUUGGUUUGCUCUGUGACUUUGUGAUUGCUGAAUGUUACGAAUUGAGUGGAGCGGGAGCGGUCAUGCAUGCGAUCAUGGUGGAUUCUCGGCUGUGGUCUUCUCCCCUGGAUUCGUCCAUCGCCUAGCAGCAGUGGCUUCGUCAAACAAUUUACCCUGUAAUAUUGUGCAGGAACUUUUCGUAUUAAUAUAAAUGAUGUC